AAAAAAAACUAAAAAAAAACUUGAGUUGUUCUGAUCUUGUGCUCUCUAUCAACUGCAACAUCCUUUUCAUGUUCAUAUUUAAAUCCCCACAGGCUGUGUCAGGACAUGUUUGUGGAUGUUUCUUUGUCAUUGGUCUUUUGCCCAUACCCAAAUGCAUGCAUAAAUGAAUUGUAUAUGCUCUGAACACUUUGCCCCAAAAAAGUUUCUUAAGAACACCUUUAAAGACAUAGCUAGUGCCCCUGCAUACAUGAUCUGUGGCUAUAACCUUUAGUAUGGGAGAAUUGGAGAUUUCGUCGAAUCUCAAAAUGGAUCAGCAGCCUUCAAAUUCUACAGAUAGAAAGGAAAUGGUUUCAUUUUUUGGGCUGUUUUCAGCUGCUGAUACAGUUGACUACUUUUUUAUGGUGUUUGGCAGCAUUGGAGCUUGUAUUCAUGGGGCAGCACUUCCUGUAUUCUUUGUGCUGUUUGGGCGUAUGAUUGAUUCCCUGGGACAUCUCUCAUCAGAUUCUCAUAGAUUGUCCUCUCAGGUGUCCAAGCAAGCUCUGUACUUGGUUUAUCUUGGAUCGAUCAUAUUCAUAUCAGCAUGGAUUGGUGUGGCAUUCUGGACACAAACUGGGGAAAGGCAAACAGCUCGUUUGCGAUUAAGAUAUCUGCAAUCAGUACUAAGGAAGAAGAUUGAGUUCUUUGACACUGAUACGAGAGCUAAAGACAUAAUUUUCCACAUCUCCAGUGAUGCCAUACUGGUCCAGGAUGCAAUAGGUGACAAGAUAGGUCACACCAUACGCUACAUUUCCCAGUUUCUUGUGGGAUUUGCAGUGGGAUUCAUUUCUGUAUGGAAGCUUACACUUGUCACUUUGGCCGUCGUUCCUUUGAUAGCUGUUGCAGGAGGGACUUACACACUGAUCAUGUCGAACUUGUCUCAGAAAGGUGAGGCUGCUUAUGCUGAGGCAGGAAAGGUUGCUGAAGAGGCCAUUUCACAGGUUCGAACUGUAUACUCGUUUGUUGGAGAGAAGAAAGCGGUUGAAUCAUAUUCUAAGUCGCUUAAUAAUGCUCUUGUGCUGGGAAAAAAGAGUGGAUUGGCUAAAGGGGUUGGAGUUGGAUUCACUUAUGGCCUUCUGUUUUGUGCUUGGGCUUUACUUCUCUGGUAUGCCAGCAUUCUGGUCAGGCAUAAGGACACGAAUGGUGGAAAGGCGUUUACGACAAUCAUAAAUGUCAUUUUCAGUGGAUUUGCUCUUGGACAGGCUGCUCCGAACCUUGCUGCCAUUUCUAAAGGCCGCGCAGCUGCUACAAACAUCUUGAGCAUGAUAAGGGAUGGUUUCGACAGUUCUGAAAGGUCAGAAAAGGGUAAAAAACUUGCAAAAGUGGAUGGGAAAAUCGAGUUUUGUCAGGUCUGCUUUGCUUAUCCUUCUCGACCGAAUAUGAUAUUCGAUGGCCUUAGCUUUUCUGUAUUGGCUGGAAAGAGGUUUGCUUUUGUUGGCCCUAGUGGAUCAGGAAAGAGCACAGUAAUCUCCUUGAUCCAGAGAUUUUAUGACCCAACUUCAGGAAGUAUAUUACUGGAUGGACAUGACCUCAAGAAUCUUGAGUUAAAAUGGUGGAGAGAGCAAAUCGGAAUGGUGAGUCAAGAACCAGCACUUUUUGCAGCCACCAUAGCUGAGAACAUUUUGUUUGGCAAAGAGGGUGCUACCAUGGACCAAGUAAUCAAAGCUUCUGAAGCUGCAAAUGCUCACUCGUUCGUGCAAGCAUUGCCUAAUGGCUAUCACACUCAUGUUGGAGAAGGGGGGACCCAACUUUCUGGAGGCCAAAAGCAGAGAAUUGCCAUUGCAAGAGCAGUGUUGAGAAACCCAAAGAUAUUGCUUUUGGACGAGGCUACGAGUGCUCUCGAUGCAGAAUCAGAGUUCAUUGUCCAGCAGGCACUUAAUACAGUCAUGUCGAAUCGCACAACCAUCAUCGUUGCACAUAGACUCUCCACGAUCCGAGAUGCUGACACAAUCGUCGUUCUCAAAAGUGGUCGAGUCAUUGAAAUGGGGAAUCACUUGGAACUGAUGUCCAAAGAUGGAGAGUAUGCAUCUCUUGUCAGUCUGCAAGUAUCAGAAAACGCGGGGAAAAGUAUGGGAGAUUCUGGUUUUGCGGGGUUCCCUAGCAAGGAAAAAGAUGAGAAUGGGAAUGGGUUUACGCCUUUCACUCCCAAGAAACUACAGCCAUGUGAUGAUGAGAAGUCAAUACUACAGACCUCAUCUUUAUGGGAUUUACUCAAGCUAAAUGCACCAGAAUGGCCUUACACAGUAUUUGGUUCUGUUGGUGCCAUACUUGCAGGGAUAGAAGCUCCUCUUUUUGCACUUGGAAUCACACAUGUCUUGACUGCAUUCUAUUCCAACAAUGAUUCCCAAAUAAGAGACGAGAUUCGCAAGGUUUCGCUUAUAUUUGUCGGAUUAGCCCUCCUGACUGUCCCUAUAUACAUAUUGCAGCAUUAUUUCUAUACUUUAAUGGGAGAGCGCCUCACUGCUCGUGUCCGCCUGUCAAUGUUCACAGCUAUGCUUUGCAACGAGGUCGGGUGGUUUGAUAAGACUGAUAAUAACACGGGCUCACUUACAUCAAAGUUAGCAGCAGAUGCGACUUUAGUUCGUAGUGCACUUGCUGACCGCCUAUCAACGAUCGUGCAAAAUGUAGCUCUCACCCUGACUGCUUUUCUGAUAUCGUUCAAACUAUGUUGGCGUAUUGCAGCUGUUGUGCUCUCUACUUUUCCUCUGCUCAUUGGAGCUUCCAUAGCUGAGCAACUCUUUCUUAGAGGAUUUGGAGGGGACUACAGCAGCAGCUAUUAUCGCGCAACUUCUGUUGCCUGUGAGGCUAUUGCUAAUAUACGUACUGUUGCUGCGUUUGGUGCUGAGGAGCGGAUAUCUGUUCAGUUCGCUUCUGAGCUAGAACGGCCAAACAAGAACGCUGUGCUGCGAGGCCACAUUUCAGGGUUUGGUUAUGGAUUGUCACAACUAUUUGCAUUUGGUUCGUAUGCACUUGGACUGUGGUAUGCAUCCGUUCUGAUCAAGCAGAACGCCUCAGAUUUCGGGGACAUCAUCAAGUCGUUUAUGGUUUUGAUUAUCACAGCGUUGUCUGUGGCAGAAACACUGGCUUUGGCUCCAGAUAUUGUGAAGGGAUCUCAGGCACUGAGAUCAGUUUUCGAUAUUCUUAAGAGGGAAACAGCAAUAGACCCCGACGAUCCAAAAGCAAAGUCGGUGAGUGAUAUCAAAGGAGAUGUAGAAUUGAGGAAUGUGUGUUUUCAGUACCCCACAAGGCCUGAUAUCACCAUAUUUGAUGGGUUGAACAUUGAGGUAUCAAGAGGGAAGAGUCUGGCAGUGGUGGGUCCGAGUGGUUCAGGAAAGAGUACUGUGAUUGGUCUCCUGAUGAGAUUCUAUGAUCCCACAUCAGGUGCAGUGUUGAUAGAUGGGGUUGAUAUCAAGAGCUUAAACUUGAAGGCAUUGAGGAUGAAUAUGGGGUUGGUGCAGCAAGAGCCUGUUUUGUUCUCCACCACCAUUUACGAGAACAUCAAGUAUGGGAACGAGAAGGCGUCUGAGAUAGAGAUAAUGAAGGCUGCCAGAGCGGCUAAUGCUCAUGGUUUCAUCAGUAGAAUGGCUCAAGGUUACCAAACUCAGGUUGGGGAAAAGGGGGUGCAACUAUCAGGGGGACAGAAACAAAGGGUGGCUAUUGCCAGGGCGAUUCUCAGGAACCCCGCCAUCCUGCUUCUUGAUGAAGCAACCAGUGCUUUGGACACUGCAUCUGAGGUGCAGGUUCAAGAAGCCAUUGCAAAGGUAAUGGAGGGGAGAACAACAGUCCUGAUAGCACAUAGGUUGUCGACAAUACAGGAUGCUGACACCAUAGCCGUGCUGCAACAUGGCAGAGUGGUUGAAAAGGGAAGCCAUGAGCAGCUAAUUGCCAGACCUGGAAGCAUGUAUUCCCAGUUGGUUAAACUGCAACAGGAUAAAGGUGCACCAGCGAGUGCUUGAACCACAAAGAUUGCAAAUUAAACUGUAAUAAGAUUAAUAUGAUGCUUAAAUAAUUCCACUCUGUAAUGGAUACGAAUUUUUUAUCGGCUUUUCUUACAUCAUACACACACUUUGUAGUUGUAUACACUUAA